AUGGACUCUCUUUCCAAUGUAGCGCUGCAUCACGCCCUCAAGGCGUUACUAUGGACUUGGGUAUCAUAUAUCAUCGCUCAGGCUAUUUACCGUUUAUAUUUCAGCCCAAUCGCCAAAUUUCCUGGACCCAAGUUGGCGGCAGUCAGCUUCUGGUACGAGUACUACUGGGACGUGAUUCUGGGCGGGCAGUACACAUUUCAAAUCGGUCGUCUGCACCAGAAAUACGGUCCUAUUAUUCGCAUUAAUCCCUACGAGCUUCAUGUACUGAGCCCCAGCUUCUACGAAAAGCUCUACGCUGGUUCCGGAAAGCGCCGGCACCGCUGGGACUGGUUUACAGCCCAGUUUGGACUUCCGCAGUCGAUGCUUGCUAGCAACGAUCACGACUCGCAUCGCAUCCGACGAGCUGCUCUUCUGCCCUUCUUCUCCAAGAGUGCAGCGCGGAAUUUACAGCCUAUCAUGGACGAUCGGAUCGAAGUGCUUCUGCAUCGACUUCAACAGUUUCGGAUUUCCGGCGAGCCAGUGACAUUGAACUAUGCAUUUUCUGCCUACACGAAUGAUAUUGCUCAAGAAUAUGCUUUUGCACGGUCGGACCAUCGACUUGAGCAUCCCGAGUUCGAGCCAACGUUCCACGAUGCUUUGGUCGCCGGCAGUAGUCAAGGUGCGAUCAUCAAGCAGUGGCCUUGGCUCCUCCCUUUGAUGCAAUCCUUACCCGAUGCUAUCAAUACUUGGAUGGAUCCAAACCUGAAGUCCUUCUUCUCGCUCGAGCACAGUAUCCGCACGCAGAUCCGAGAGAUGAAGUCGGGCCAGAGAGACGACUCGAAGAAUGCUACCCAUCGCACCAUCUUCUACGAGAUCCUCAACAGUGAUCUACCAGAGAGUGAGAAAUCGAAUGCGCGUCUCGCCCAAGAUGGACAGGUCGUUAUUGUGGCCGGUACGCUCACCACCGCCUGGGCCCUCUGCGUCGCGGUAUUCCACCUUCUCUCCCAGCCAGAAGCGCUGCGGAAGCUAAAAGCAGAGCUCCAAACCGCGCUUCCCACUCCCACCUCACCGAUUACCCUAGUAGCGCUCGAGCAGCUCCCUUACCUGACUGGCUGCAUCCAAGAAGCCAUACGACUAAGCUACGGCGUAUCGACGCGUCUCCAGAGAAUCGCCCCGGAUGAAACCCUAGUAUUCAACGACGGCCAGAAGGACUGGUACAUACCCCGCGGCACGCCCGUGGGCAUGAGCUGCGCCCUGGUCCACCACGACGAGUCCGUCUUUCCUGCGUCGCGGCGGUUCCUCCCCGAGAGGUGGAUCGAGCAUCAGCCGCACCUGGAAAAGUACCUGGUGGCCUUCUCCAAGGGGAGCAGGCAGUGCAUCGGCAUCAACCUGGCCUACGCUGAGCUCUACCUCGCUGUGGCGAGGAUCUUUAGAGCUUACGGGAGUAGUGAAGUGCGGUUUGAAGGGGAUGAUGGGUUUUUGGAGCUGUUUGAGACGGAUGGGGAGGAUGUGGAGCUUUGCAGGGAUACGUUUAUGCCGUUGGUGAAGAGGGAUUCGAAAGGUGUGAGGGAGUGGAAACGGGCCGGAUCUCGCUUCGCAGCCCAUCUUUCUGAAUCACAGUAUAAUUGGGAUGAAAGAUGCGAUAGCGAUCUACCUGCGUCCGAGAAGUCGGACGCUCGUCUCAUAGAUGAAGCCCAGCUUACUAUCGCAGCGGGCCUCAUCACGACAUCCUGGGCUCUGACUGUGGCGAGCUUCAACAUCAGUAGCAAGCCUGAGAUUCUCAGAAAGUUUGCGAGAGGAGUUGGCUGCAGCUGGAUCGACAUCGACGAAGCCUUUGGACUGGCACAAGUUGGAGCGACUGCCGUAUCUCAACGGCUGUGUCCACGAGGGAAUCAGACUUUCCCAUGGGGUUGGCGCUCGGGAUCCUCGCCUAGCCUCAGAUAUGGCACUGAAAUAAAGGGACGGGGUGGUUCCACCCAACACGCCCGUGUCCAUGACUACCUUCCACAUCCUCAUGAACGAGUCCAUCUACCUCGACCCGAAAGGGUUCUUUUCUGA